AUGGCUCCGCAGCUGGCUUGGAUUGGCCUCGGCAACAUGGGCAGAGGCAUGUGCUCCAACUUGGUGGAGAAGGGCAACCUCGAGAAACCGCUCAUCAUCUACAAUCGUACCAAGAAGCGUGCCGAUGACCUCUCGACCAAACUUCCCUCGGGCAAGUCUACCGUCGUCUCGUCGGUUGAGGAUACCGUGAGGCAGGCUGACAUCAUCUUUACUUGUGUCGGCGACGACAAGGCCAUCAAUGAGACCAUUGAUUCUGCUCUUGCAGGAGACGUCAACGGCAAGCUGUUCGUCGACUGUUCCACUGUUCAUCCAGAAACCACCGAUGCUCUCGCAACGAGGAUCUCAUCCAAGGGUGCCGGCUUUGUCGCCGGUCCAGUCUUCGGUGCCCCCGCCAUGGCGGACGCAGGCCAGCUCAUCUUUGUCCUGGCGGGCGAGGCGCCUUGGGUCGAGAAAGCCAAGCCGUACACGACCGGCGUCAUGGGCAAGGCCAUCAUCGACUUCAGCGGGCAGGCGCACGGCAAAGCCACGCUGCUCAAGGUCAUCGGUAACACGUUCAUCUUCAACAUGAUCGAGGCCCUGUCCGUCGGCCACACGCUGGCCGAGAAGUCCGGGCUGGGCACCGAUAACUUGCACCAGUUCAUCGAGACCAUGUUCCCCGGUCCCUACACUGCCUACUCCAAUAGGAUGCGCUCCGGUGACUACUACAAGCGGGAGGAGCCGCUUUUCCAGGUCGAUCUAGCGAGAAAAGACGCACGCCACGCGCUGAGUCUUGCUGAGUCUUCAGGCGCGAAGCUGCGGGCUGUAGAGGUUAUCGACUCGCACCUCGAGGGUGUGCAGAAGGCGUGCGGUGCAAAAGGCGAUGUUGCUGGCAUCUACGGCGCCGUCAGGCAGGAGAGCGGCCUGCCAUUCGAAAACGGGCCGUGA